AUGGCAUCUGGUGCCGAAGCUCUCCUCGCCCUUACGGGUAAACGUACCACCGGUCAAAGCAUUCGCACACAAAAUGUGAUGGCUGCUGUGGCAAUCGCAAACGUCGUGAAGUCUUCUCUUGGUCCGGUUGGACUCGACAAGAUGCUCGUUGAUGAUGUUGGGGAUGUCAUUGUGACAAACGACGGUGCUACUAUUUUGAAGCAACUUGAAGUUGAACAUCCAGCUGGGAAAGUCCUUGUUGAACUAGCGCAGCUUCAAGACGAGGAGGUUGGAGAUGGUACGACAUCAGUGGUCAUCAUUGCUGCUGAAUUACUGAAAGCGGCUGAUGAGCUUGUCAAAAACAAACUUCAUCCUACCACCAUUAUCAAUGGAUACAGGCUCGCGUGCAAGGAAGCUGUUAAGUACAUGCAGGAAAAUUUGUCUUUUUCCGUCGAUGAGUUAGGUCGCCAAUCACUUAUCGAGGCUGCGAAAACUUCUAUGAGUAGUAAACUUAUUGGAGCGGAUUCGGAAUUCUUCGCUUCGCUUUGUGUCGAUGCAGCCGAAGCAGUAAAAGUGACGGAUGCGGCUGGCAAAGUUACCUAUCCAAUUGCUGCCGUUAAUGUUCUGAAAGCUCAUGGGAAGAGUGCUCGUGAAUCGAUGCUUAUAAAAGGGUACGCUUUGAACUGCACCGUUGCUAGCCAAGCUAUGCCACUGCUUGUUUCAAAUCCGAAAAUUGCCUGCUUGGAUUUCUCUUUACAAAAAGCCAAAAUGCAUCUUGGUAUCUCCAUUGUUGUCGAUAACCCUGAAAAGUUGGAGGCGAUCCGACGAGAGGAAUUCGACAUCACGAAGCGUCGAAUUGAGAAAAUAUUGAAAUCAGGAGCAACUGUUGUUCUUACCACAGGAGGAAUUGAUGAUCUCUGCUUGAAACAGUUCGUUGAAGCGGGUGCGAUGGCAGUGCGAAGAUGUAAAAAGACGGACUUGAAGCGGAUUGCUAAGGCUACUGGCGCAACCCUAGUGAGCUCACUGGCGAACUUGGAAGGAGAGGAAACCUUCGAUGCGUCGCUUCUUGGUCACGCAGAGGAGGUGGUCCAGGUGAGAAUCAGCGAUGACGAACUGAUUCUUGUCAAAGGUCCUAAAGCACGCACUGCCAGUUCAAUCAUUCUCAGAGGAGCCAACGAUGUGAUGCUCGAUGAAAUGGAACGAUCAGUUCACGACGCACUUUGUGUUGUUCGUCGUGUGCUAGAGAGUCGCCGGCUAGUUGUAGGCGGUGGUGCAGUGGAAACAGCGUUGAAUGUAUGGCUGGAAGCAUUUGCAACCACUCUGUCCUCUCGCGAGCAACUUGCUGUUGCCGAAUUUGCACAAUCACUCCUUGUUAUACCCAAAACACUGUCUGCCAAUGCUGCGAAGGACUCAACUGAACUCGUAGCCAAACUUCGAGCCUUCCAUCACAAGGCACAAACAAAUGCACAAUUGCAACAUUUGAAAUGGGCUGGCCUUGACCUGGAGUAUGGUGAUAUUCGUGACAACCGUGUUGCCGGUGUCAUCGAACCACUUAUGAGCAAGGUGAAAUCUCUCAAGUUUGCGACAGAAGCUGCCAUAACUAUCUUGCGUAUUGAUGAUCUUAUCAAACUGGACAAGCCCGAGCCACGGCAUGAUGAAGAUGAGUGCGGAGCGUAA